UGGCGGUCGGAGCUCUCCCGGGGGUUCUGGGGUCGGCUCUGCUUCCCAGGGCUGGAAAGGGAGUGGGGGGCGCGGGGGGAGCUGUGCAGAGCAGGGCAGGCGGGGAUGGGUCUGCUCCUGCUGCUCCUGCUGCUGCUGCUGCUGCCAGCUUCUCCUCUCCCCAAAAAUCCCCCGCCUGGAGGGCGUGCUGGGGGCCCCAGGUAGGCACAGGGAGCUCUGUUUGGUGCCCAGGUGGGUCUCCCCUUUUCCUUCCCUUUCAUUUGGGAGGGAAAAGGGUCAAGCUUUGUUUGCCUGCCCCGUGGUGGAGCCCUGGUUGUCGGCUGGAACGGGGUGGGUGUUUAGGGCCGGGGGCACGGGAGGGUUUGGCAAGAGGCAGUCCCUCGGGCAGGUUGUUGGUGUCCCAGAGAGCUGCCAGAGGGAUGCUGGGUCCCCAGGGAUGCACAGGGACGAUGCUGGGUCCACAUUUACCCCGGGUCUGGGUCUCCAUCCCCCCUGACAGCAGAGCAGGAGCUUAACAGGGGACUUCCAGCUUCUGGCAAGGCUCCUUAGGACACUUCCCAGCUGUGGGUGCUUCCACAGAGCUCAGAGGAGCUGCAUCAGCGUGUAAAUCCUGCCUCCUGAAUUCAGGAGACGUUCCCUAGCUGCAGCAACACCAGCAGCGUGCUUGUUGCUGGAUGUGAUGUUGUUCAGGAGGUCCACAACUUAACUGAGCUUUUUUAAAACUUUCCAGGGAAAUCCCGCCCUCUGAACAAUGAAGAUCUUAGACCCUGGCUAACUCUGAGUCCUGCAAACCCCGUGUGGAUCCUUCCUGGCUCCCCUGGAGCAGAUGCUGAGGCUCUCUGGAGGGGCCUGCAGUCACUCACAGUGCCUGUGUGAGAGCAGAGGGAGCUCCCAGCCACCGUGUGCCCGAGAGCCGAGCCAUGCUGGGCCGGAGGAGCCGCCUGCCCCCCGAGCUGAGCGGCGCCCGGCAGCGGGAGCAGCCCUGCCCGGAGGCCGUGCCCCUGCGGGCCCGGGCAGCCAGGGACAGCAGGGACACGGAUGUCAGCCUGGAGGUGUUCAGUGGCUCCACGCCCGAGAUCAAAGCCGGCCGCGGCCGAGCGCAGCAGAUGCGGGACAGGAAAGGGCGCAAGGCCGAGCUCAAGGACCCCAACGGCCGAGAGGCAGAGACCAUCACCUUCAUCUCCGGGACAGCAGAGGCUCCCCCAAACCAGAGCCUUUGCUGCUCCUCCCUGUCUCAGGCCUGGAACACGUACAAGGCUGUUUUCUGUUGCAUAGUGACAUGUGGGGGCUGCUUCCAGGACUGCAGUGUCUGCAUUCCCUACCCGGGGCCCGCCGAGACCUCCACGGAUGAUGGGAAGAACGGAGACUACAACGGGCGGCUGCCAAACAGCCCCGCCAACACCUCUCCUGCUGAGAAGAACGGGAACCAGAUCAAAAAGUCCAGCAUGGGCAGCAGUUUCAGUUACCCAGACGUGAAGCUGAAGGGCAUCCCUGUCUAUCCAAACAGGAACACCAACCACCACCCGGAAUCUGAUUCCUGCUGCAAGGAGCUGCUGGAGAAGCCCUUCAGGAACAGCAUAGAAAAGCCACCGCUCCCCAGCAGCCACCGGAGCUCGGAGGAGUACUAUUCCUUCCACGAGUCCGACGUGGACAUCAGCGAGCUGAACGGCUCCAUGUCCAGCCGGCAGAUCGACGUCCUGAUCUUCAAGAAGCUCACCGAGCUCUUCAGCGUCCACCAGAUCGACGAGCUGGCCAAGUGCACCUCGGACACCGUCUUCCUGGAGAAGACCAACAAGAUCUCGGACCUCAUCAACAGCAUAACUCAGGACUACAACCUGGACGAGCAGGACGCCGAGUGCCGGCUGGUGCGGGGCAUCAUCCGCAUCAGCACGCGCAAGAGCCGCGUGCGGCCCCACAUCUCCCUGCCCGCCAGCCAGGAGAAAUCCAGCCGGGGCACGGCGCCCGACAGCGGCAACGAGACCAUGCUGGAGUCCAUGGUCAUCAGCCAGGACGAGCUGGCCGUGCAGAUCUCGGAGGAGACCCCGGCGGAUGUGAUGGCCCGGAACAUGAGGCGGCACAGCAGCGCAGGCUCUCCAACCAGCAGAGAUUCCUCCUUCCAGGACACAGAGACUGACUCGUCCGGGGCUCCUCUGCUCCAGGUGUACUGUUAAAGGACCCGAGCUGCAGGGAGGCAUUCCAGGCCUUUGCUGCAGUCACAAUCCUGCUCCUUCCAUGUGGAGUGUGCUGUGCCACGUUGGAUUUUUUUUCCCCAGUCUACCCUGAUCCUUAUUGAAGCCAGAUUCGUCCUGCUCUCUGAACUUCAGUGGAUAUUUUGGUUUUUUUGGACAAUCAAGGAAGCGAACUGCGGAGCUGAUGAACUUGGGAGGUGGAAUGUGUGCUCAGGGAGGAGAGGAUGGACAAGGAAGUAGCAGGGAACCCGUGCCUCUGUGAUUUCUGUAAAUCACAUUUAGCUCCAGCAGCCUGUGGCUCGGCCCUUUCCCUGCUUAGAGGACCUGUUGGACAGUUCUGCUUCCUGCCAUUGCCUGAGUGGACUUGCACAGGGAGUAACUGUGGUGUCCCUGUGCUGGUGCUGAGGUGCAGGCUGAGAUCCUGCUCUGCAGGGACCCAAAUCUCUGUUUAAAGUGCCUGUCUUGGUCCCACCAACCCAAAGUCUCCUACCCGUGGUGUUUCCAGUGGCCAGAUCUGCCUUCCCUGCUGAGCCUUGGUGCCACCUCCUGCUG